AUGACGUACAGCUUUCCGCUGCUGGACGCGAAGGAGAUUCUCGGGUGCCUCGCGGAGCUCGAUAUCAACCUGAGCCCCGAGAACCUCGAGAAGCCCUCCUACGAGACCCUGAAGCCUAUGUACGAGCAGCUCGUGAUGCUCCUGGUUGGAGUCACACGAGAGGAGCUGCAACAGCCCGUGUUCGCGGCGAUCGACGCGUUCGAGUUCCCGGAGCUGCACGACGAGUCCAUUCCCGUCAUGGCGUUCGGGCGCGCGCUCCAGAAGCUCAUGUUCGCGGCCGGGGCGCAUGACUUCUCCCUCAAGGACGUGUACAAAGCGACGCGCGAGCGCACGGUGCGGAACCUCUCCGCGAUCAUCAACUUCGGGAAGUACCGCGAGGAGCGCCUCCAGACGUUCCAGGCCUUCCAGGAGGAGGCCGACGCGCGCGCUGCGCAGCGCCAGGCGCUCGUGGACGAGGGCGACGCGCUGCGCGCGGAGAUCGCGCGGCUCGAGCAGGCCCGCGCGGACGAGAAGCCGCGCGCCGCCGCCGUGCGCGCCGAGGUCGAGGGCGACGUCCUGCCGCGGCUGCAGGGGCUCUUCGCGGAGAAGGACGGGCUCGUCGAGGAGCUGAAGCGCGUCCGCGGGACGGCGAACGAGCUCGCCUCGAGAGCGUCGCAACUAAAGCUGGACCUGGCGGAGGAGGGGCGCCGCGAGGACCGUUUGCGCGGGAUGGUCGUGCAGAGCCCCGAGAGGAUGCAGAAGGCGAUCACGGAGCGCGAGUUCCAGCUCGAGCGGGAGCGCCAGGGCGUGGCGGCGGCCGAGCGGGCGCUGGUCGACGCCACGAACCGCCGAGAGGCGGUCGGGCGGGCGAUGCGCGAGGCCGAGGGCGCGGUCAAGGCGAUGGAGGAGCUCGAGGUCGGCAUCGCGAAGAAGAAGGAGGUGUCCGGGCGCGUGAAGGACCUGCGCGCGAACAUCGAGGCCGCGGACGCGCGCGUGCUCGAGCUGCAGGCCAGCAUCCAGCACCUCGGCCGGCAGAAGGCCAGCGCCGCCGAGCGCUUGCAGCGACUCGAGGCGCAGUACAAGAUGAAGCAGGCGGCCGCAGCGGCGACGCUGGAGCAGCAGCUAUGCGAGAAGGAGGCGAUCGAGGCGGCGAACGCGGCGAAGCACGCGCGCAUCGCGGACAACGAUGCGCAAGUGCGCGCGGCGCGGGAACAGGCGCGGGCGCUGGAGGAGGCGCACGGGGCGGCGAAGCGGGAGCUGGUGACGCAGUACCGGGCGCUGAGGGCGCAGCUGGGGCGGUACGUGGCGCUGAACCGGGAGGCGAUGGGCGCGGGGGUGGAGGGCGCGGAGGCGAUGGCGGCGGAGGCGGCGCUGGCGGUCGCGACGCCGGCGCCGCGGCGAGGGCAGCUGGGAGGGUUCUGA